CUUCAAAAGUUAUAUUAAUUUCAUUCCCCACUAUGGUUCAACUUUAGAGAGCAACCUGUAGCUCCUGCUGGUAGCAGGAAAACAGUAUAGAUAGACCCACCGCGUAACCAAUUUACAACGCAUAUACGAUUACCUCAAAACUUAUUUCUUAACAACUUUUAUAGUGUAUCGCUUUUAAUAAAAUGUCGUAGUUAAAACACCAUCUAAAAAAGAUACAACCUUUUUUGCGUUCUAGAUGUCUUUUCGGUUCAUCUCUUUGGUGAUACCAAAUGUUAAAAGGUGUUAAUUUUCGUUAAUCCCAAGAACUUAACAAGUACGUAAAAAUGUCUUCGGAAUACACAGAGAUGAUGGCAGCGAUUGCCAUAGGAGUGCUUACGGCGAUUUUUAUCAGCGCUUUUGUAAUAUUAGUCGUUAUAUGUAGGCGACAACGAGUGUUUUAUUAUAAAUCUACGUUUUGUGCCAGCCAAGAAGAUUUUGCCAAACCCGAAGUAAUGCUUAUUGAACCAGAUAAAUCAGAAGUAGAAAUUGACACAACAGAAUUAUACCCAAAUCUUGAACAAAUUUUAACCGAUGAACAAUGGAUUGACGACGCAACAGGUUUAAUUCCACAUUGUUUAUCGAUUUUAAAAACUUGUAGAUCUUUAACUGAACGUUUAACUGGAUUGGCUAUGAGUGCUACACAAACGUCAGGAUCUGGAUUAAAUCAAAUUAUUGAGAGUGCCAGAAAAAUUUCAAGUAGAGUUGAUGAUAUGGUACGAAGUAUGUAUCCACCAUUAGAUCCUCGUUUAUUAGAAGCUAGAGCAGCAGCUUUAGCUCUUGCAGUAUCUCAUUUAGCCCUAAUUGCGAGAUAUGAGUGUGAACAAAAAGGAAAAUCACUGAAGUGGAUUGAUAAAGCGCUUAUUGAAAUGGACUCGCACAUUUCAGUAUUAAGAGACUCUGCUUUACCUAUAUUUCAAGAUGGAAGCAGAUUACAAAGUGUAAGCAUGACUAAUAGUGCUAUACAUUGAUUAUAAUGUAACCCAGUAUUUUUUUUGUUUUGUAUAAAAAUUGUAUAUUGAAUAAAAUGAUUAAAUUAA